CUGGGUGGUGGGCUUUCUUUCUAUUGAACAAAGCAAAGUACGAUGUAAGCCUGAAGAAAAGAUGUACUGGACGACCACUUUUAGACGGUGGUUAGUUAGUAUUUUUUGUGUUUUUUCCUCGUGUCUCAGUGCCAUGCUUUACCAUGGGUACUUGUACUUGUAAUCCCAGAGGGUACAGUUUCCAGGCAACCACCAAAGUGAAGGUUUAACCAAGGAUUUAUAAACUGUGCGUGAUGAUUUUGGUAGGCAAAUUCUCAUCUGCAACUCCAGCAACAACAGUGGUCUCUCUAAGCUCAACCUGGCAGAACAUAAGAGGCAUGGAGAAUUUGCUGCAACCAUUCAACUUUAGUUUGAUAGCAGUGCAUUCAAUAUCUGAGGUCACCGGGUUCCUCUUUGGUCUGCUUUUGAUCCUGAUGAUAACAGCUUGGAGCCGAAUGCACAGCUCAUAUUUGCCAGGACCUUAUUUCUUGCUAGGACUUGGCCCACUUCUCUCUUACACCCGGUUUAUUUGGACUGGCAUAGGCACUGCAUGCAACUAUUACAACAACAAAUACGGAAGCAUAGUGAGGGUCUGGAUCAGUGGCGAGGAAACACUGAUUAUUAGCAAGUCAUCUGCAGUUUAUCAUAUUUUAAGAAGUCCCCACUACAUAGCAAGAUUUGGGAGCAAAAAGGGACUUGAGACUAUUGGGAUGGAGGGAAAUGGCAUCAUUUUCAAUAGUAAUGUGGCACUUUGGAAAAAAGUGAGGACGUACUUCUCUAAAGCUCUGACAGGCCCAGGGCUCCAGAAGACAGUGUCUAUCUGUGUGAGCUCUACAACCAAACACCUGGACAACCUGCACGAGGUGACCAGCUCAUCAGGUCACGUGGAUACCCUCAAUCUGCUCAGGGCCAUAGUGGUCGACAUCUCAAACAAGCUGUUCCUUGGGGUGGAUCUGAAUGAAACCCAGUUGCUGAUGAAAAUCCAUAACUACUUUGAGACCUGGCAAACUGUCCUGAUUAAGCCAGAUAUUUUCUUCAAGAUUGGAUGGCUGUAUAACAAGCAUAAGAAAUCAGCGCAAGAACUGCAAGAUGUGAUGCAGAAUCUUCUUGAUGUUAAAAAGAAAAUAAUAGAUGAAUCUGAGAAGUUGGAUAAUGAGCUUGACUUUGCCACAGAGCUCAUUUUUGCGCAGAACCAUGGGGAGCUGUCACCAGAAAACGUCCGCCAAUGUGUGCUGGAGAUGGUGAUCGCAGCUCCGGACACUCUCUCCAUCUCCCUCUUCUUCAUGCUCAUGUUGCUCAAGCAGAACCCUGAAGUGGAGGACAGGAUAGUGAAGGAGAUGAAAGCAGUUUUAGGUAACGAUGGGGCUGAAAAUAUUAAGUAUCAAGACCUGAAGGUGUUGGAGCGUUUCAUAAAUGAGUCCAUGAGAUUUCACCCAGUGGUUGACUUCACAAUGAGAAAAGCUCUGGAAGAUGAUAAUAUUGAUGGAAUCAAAAUAAAAAAAGGAACCAACAUCAUUCUUAACACUGGUCUGAUGCAUAAAACAGAAUACUUCCCACAUCCCAGAGACUUUAGCUUGGACAACUUUGACAAAGCAGUGCCUAACCGUUAUUUCCAGCCUUUCGGUUGUGGGCCUCGCUCAUGUGUGGGCAAACACAUUGCCAUGGUGAUGAUGAAGGCCAUCUUGGUCACGCUGUUAUCCAGAUACACUGUGUGCCCUCAUCAGGGGUGCACCAUCAACAGCAUCCGGCAAACCAACAACCUGUCCCAGCAGCCAGUGGAGGACGAGCAAAGCCUGGCCAUGCGCUUUAUCCCACGGCACAUCACUGACAAUAAAUGA